AUGGUCCACAUAUCGAAAUUAGGAUAUUCUAAAGAAGAUAUUAGGAAUUUGAUCCUUAUUUUACAAGAAUUUGUCAUUACAUUUAAAGAUAAUAGGGUUAAAAUAAACUAUCAAAGUAGACCCGUCAUAUUAUUUUUGAGUACAUUAGUUGCUACCUUUGGGUUUGGUACAUUAUUCACUUUAAGAUCGUUGAUAAAUCAAUAUAAAGAAUAUCAGUUAAAUAAGAAGUUAAAUAGACCUAACUUGAUCAGACAAUCAUCUACGAUUUUGAAAAAUGGAAGUAGGGAAAUCUUCAUUCCUAAAGGUAAGAAUGCCACCACAAGGAUUAUCAUUCCCAAACCUAAUUUGGAUACUUAUGCUGCGGAUAAAUAUUUAUAUAAGAAUUAUUAUAUUGAAGAGAAAUUAAAUAUCCUGAAUAAAGUUAUAAAUUCCAAGUUUUUGAAUCAAUUAAUUAUCAUCUGGAAAAUUUUGAUACCUAAAUUUUAUAGUAAGAAUAGUUGGUUAUUGUUUUGUCAAUGUUUUUUCCUUGUUUUAAGAACUUGGUUAUCAUUAUUAAUUGCCAAAUUAGAUGGUCAAAUUGUUAAGAAUUUAAUUAGUGGUAAUGGGAAAAAAUUCAGUAGAGAUUUGAUUUAUUGGAUUUUAAUUGCUUUCCCUGCUAGUUAUACCAAUGCAGCUAUUAAAUAUUUAACUAAUAGGUUAAGUUUAAGUUUCAGAACUAAUUUAACAAGAUAUAUUCAUGAUUUAUAUCUCGAUAAAAUUAUGGCUUAUUAUAAGAUCAAUUUCAAUGAAAUUGAAAAUUUGGAUCAAUUCAUUACGAAUGAUGUAGCUAAAUUUUGUGAUUCAAUAUGUGGAUUAUUCUCUAGUAUGGGAAAACCAAUGAUUGAUUUAGUAUUUUUUUCUAUUUAUUUAAGAGAUAAUUUGGGAAGUGGUGCAAUUAUAGGGAUUUUUGCUAAUUAUUUCUUAACUGCAUGGUUAUUAAAACGUAAUACACCACCAUUUGGUAAAUUAUCAGCUAAAGAAACUCAUUUAGAAGGUCAAUAUUAUAAUGAAAAUUUGAAUAUCAUCACAAAUUGUGAAGAAAUCGGAUUUUAUAAAGGUUCAGUGAUUGAAAAAUCAAAAUUGAAUGAAACUUUCAAAGAAUUGAUCAGUCAUAUCAAUAAAUCCAUAAAUACUUCAUUCGGUUACUCAAUUUUAGAAGAUUACAUUUUAAAAUAUACUUGGUCAGCUUGGGGAUAUAUCUUUUCAGGAUUACCGGUAUUUUUAGAUGAAAUUUGGCCUGCAGAAAAUAAAAAUUCAAAUGGUGGAGAUGUUAGUAAAAUGGAAAGAAGAAAUAUGAGACAAUUCGUUAUUAAUAAAAGAUUAAUGUUAUCAUUAGCUGAUGCUGGUUCAAGAUUAAUGUAUUCCAUUAAAGAUGUCUCGGAAUUAACUGGUUAUACUGAUAGAAUUUUCCAAUUAUUAACUAAUUUACAUAAAGCUCAUUCUCCAAGAUUCGACUAUGGAUCGAAAUUUGGAUAUCAAGAUAUUCAUGGAACUAUACAGAAUAAUUAUCAUAAUGGGAUUAGAUUUGAGAAUAUCCCAGUUAUAAUUCCUGGUAAAAAUGGUAGUGAAAAUACGAAAUUAGUUGAAAAAUUAAGUUUCCAAAUUGAUCAAGGGAAUAAUUUAUUGAUUUUAGGUAGUAAUGGUAGUGGUAAAACAUCAAUAGGUAGAAUUAUUGCUCAAUUAUGGCCAAUCUAUUCUGGAUUAAUUAGUAAACCUAAUGAUGAUGAAUUAUUCUUUUUACCUCAAAAGACAUAUUUCACCAAUGGGAAUUUACGUGAUCAAAUUAUUUAUCCAUAUAGUUAUAAUGAUAUGAUAGAAAUGGGAUAUAAUGAUGAUCAUUUGUAUCAUAUUUUAAGAGAAGUUAAAUUGGAACAUUUACUAAAACGUGAAGGGAAUUUCAAUGUUAAAAAGGAUUGGAAAGAUGUUUUCAGUGGAGGUGAAAAGCAAAGAAUUUCAAUUGCUAGAGUUUUAUUCAAGAAUCCAAAAUUCGUCAUCUUAGACGAAAGUACUAAUGCAGUUUCAACUGAUGUUGAAGAUUAUUUAUUUGAAUUGUUACAAAGAAAGAAGAUAACUUUCAUUACUUUGAGUCAUAGACCUUUAUUAAUGAAAUAUCAUGAUUAUUUAUUAGAGUUGAAAGAUGAUGGUAAUUGGGAAUUCCAAGAUUUAACAAGUGAAGAAAAUUUGAAAACUAUUGAUAAUGAAAUCAAAGAUAUUGAAGAAAAAUUAAGUAAAGUUGAUCAAUGGGAGAAAAGAUUAGGAGAAAUUGAAUCAUAUUUAGAUGGUAAAGUAUGA